AUGCAGCAGGUUUUCAACAUUAUUUGUGUUCCCAGGAACACCAGUGGAGAACUUCUGAGCAUGAAUCAAAGCAUCCUGCCCAAUGGUACAGAAUUAACAAGAAUGGAUGAAUUUUCAUCUGUCUACAUAGUGUUCAAGAUCCAACAAUUGCUGACAGUCAUCUUUGCCCUGAUAGGGCUGCCUGGAAAUGCGGCUGUGAUCUGGCUCCUGGGAAUUCAAAGGCACAAGAAGCCCAUCUCAGUCUAUAUCCUCCACCUGGCCACAUCGGACUUCCUUUUCCUCUGUUGCCUCCUUACAUUCUACCUGUGGAAACUUAUUGACAGGUUUCGCUUCAACUACUACAUCUACAUAUACGCUGUGGGGAUGAUUUUCUACGUGACCAGCCUGCUCAUGCUCAGUGCCAUCAGCACUGAACGCUGCCUGGCAGUUCUGUUCCCCAUCUGGUAUCACUGCCACCGGCCAAGACAUAUGUCAGCUGUCUUGUGUUCCCUGUUCUGGGCUCUAUCCCUACUGCUUACUAUCCUGCUACACAUCGGAAAUGUUAAACUGUAUAUGGGAAUGCAUUUAUUCAUCACUUCAUUGGUAGUCAUUUUAUCUGUGCUGCUCUGUGGGUCCAACCUGGUCUUGCUGGUGAGGAUGCUCUGUGGCUCCACAAGGUUGCCACUGACCAGGCUGUAUGUGACCAUUGGACUCACAGUGCUGGUCUUCCUCCUCUGUAGCCUGCCUCUAUAUAUCAUGUCACUCUGGGGUAACAUGAUUUUUUAUACAAUGGAUGAUUUUAAUUAUAUGGUACUUUGGGGGAUGGCUUAUUUGCUGUCUAGUGUCAACAGCAGUGCCAACCCCAUUAUUUACUUCUUUGUUGGUUCUUUUAGACAGAAACAGCAUCAAGGACACCAGUGCUGGUCCCUGAAGGCUGUUCUUCAGAAGGCCUUGGAGGAUGAAGGUGAAGGGGAGAAAAGUAGAGAAAGGCUUCCUCAAGAAAGUGUGGAGAUGUCAUAA